AAAGAAUAUUUUUGUUCUUUCUUUUCUCUUUCUUUUUGGCAUGAUCUCAAUUACCAUCCACAAUAAAAUCCCACAAAUCCAAGUAGGAAAAUCCCCCAUGGAUCCUCCACGUGUCACAAAUAUAACCAGGAAAUCAGGAAAAAUUUGGGUCCUCUAAUCUUUCAGUUGAAUCUUUUGGGCACAGAAUCUGCAAUCCAAACACAGCAGAAAAUUCUGAAUCAGAAUUCAGAAAAUGGUGGCAGCUGUUUCUGUUUCCUCCCCGAAAUCAAUCAUUUUCCCAAAUAGAAUUUCACUCGGAGAACCAAAUCCCAACUUUCUAUGUGGGUCACCUUUGAAAGGGCUUUGUUUCCAGUUAAAACCCAAGAAGAGUAAGAGCAGAGACAGAAGAAUCAGCUUUGUGGUUGCUUCGGCGACCUCCACCACGGCCGGUGACGGUGACGGCGGCGGCGGGAGGUUUUAUCUGAAUUUCACUGGGUUCCCUUUCCCACUUGGUCCUUUUCUCAACAGGCGCACUAUUAGGACUGAGGCUGUGAAAGGCUGGAUAUGGCUUUUUGAACAAGAGCAAGCGCUGGGCUUCAGCAGUGUUUCAACAAACAUUCGAAUGACGGUAAUCAAGCUCAAAUCUGGAGGCUUAUGGGUCCAUGCACCCAUUGCUCCAACGAAGGAGUGCAUUCAGCUUGUAAAGGAGUUAGGAGCUCCUGUAGAAUACAUUGUCUUGCCUACGUUUGCAUAUGAGCAUAAAAUAUUUGUCGGCCCAUUCUCUAGAAAGUUCCCCAGGGCAAAGAUAUGGGUGGCGCCAAGGCAAUGGAGCUGGCCUCUGAAUUUGCCCAUUGAAUUGUUUGGAAUUUUUCGUGCCAAAACGUUGAAAGAUGGGGAUUUGUCAACUCCCUGGGCUGAUGAGAUUGAACAGAAAGUUCUUAGCUCACCAGAACUAGGAAUUGGGCCGUAUGUGGAAGUGGCAUUCUACCAUAAGCGUUCAAGAACGUUAUUAGUGACAGAUGCUGUGAUUUUUGUCCCACGGCAGCCACCCGAAUGUAUUAGCAAAGAAUCCUUGCUGGCAUCUGCAGAGAAUGGUUUGGCUGUCAAAUUACUGAGUAAAGGAAAGGAAGUUCCUCAGGAACCAGUCAUUGACAACAAGAUGAACCGUCAAAAAGGGUGGGAGAGAAUGGUUCUCCAGAUUCUGUUCCUCGGUCCAUCAAAUCUUUUGGAACCGAAUGCUAGUUUUGCUCAAAUGUCACAGAAGCUGAUUGUCUCACCCAUUGUCAAGACCUUGGUGUUUAGCAAAGUUCCCGAAAAGGUGAGGGACUGGAUCGAUAGCAUAUCUAGGGACUGGAGAUUCAAGAGGAUAAUCCCUGCUCAUUUUGCUGCCCCAGUAAACGCAAGCAGGUCUGAUUUCUUGGCAGCAUUUGCAUUUCUCGAUGAUCUCUUGGGCGAACGAUACGUUACUCGGCCUUCUUUCUCUCUUCUCUUCGCAUCAAUCAUGGGUAAAGCUGUCAGUUACUUUCCUCCUGAUGACAUGAAGACCUUAUCAUCCCUUGACCAGUUUUUAGUUUCAGUUGGAGCCGUGAAGAAGACCGUCUCAGGUCGGAAAAGGUGACCAAACGCGAUACAAUGAAUCACUGUAAGAUUUUACAUGCCAAAUUUUGAGCAUUGUUUAUGUAGUGUCAUAGUAGCUUAAAAGUUUUUUGGCCAUUUUCCUUUCCUAGAUGGAAACAGUUGUUAUACUGGUGUACAAGGGUGUCUUCAAUCAAACAAUUUUUUUUUUUUUUUUUGAAUGAAACACUUGACAAAGGUUAUAAUGAAAGUUGUGUUGUUCCGAA